GAGUGAGUGAGUGAGUGAGAGAGAGAGAGGAGCGAGAGAGAGAGAGAGAGGGAGAGAGACCAGUUACUUCCUCCAUAACUAUCCCGUGUUGUGUCGUCUGCUUCUGCCUGAGACAUCGUCCUUCCACUGUGUUUGAUAAACUCAAGCCUGAUUUGAAACCCACUCACUGUUCAUUGUGUUGACUAUUUGGAGAGGGAGAGAGAGAGAAAGAGAAAAAAAUAUAAUAGAAAGAAGCAAAAUAAUAACAAACAACAAACAAACAAACAAAGAGCAAUAGAGCAAAAUCCAAAAUAAUCACGAAAAGAAAAAACAUAAUACCUUGAUUCACUAACAAUUUGCUCAUUGAUAUAAUGAAGCCAUCGUCAACUGAGAGAAAUCUUCAAAACAUAAAAUACAACUGGAUCAAUGUGAAUGAUGACAGCGACAAUAAGCUUGCAGAACUUGGUAACGAUGACGACCUACUUGCGAAUCCUAGCAGCCUUGGUCGGAUGUUGCAACAUAUUCCUAAAGGUGAAUACUCACAAACGCAGAGGGACGUUGAAAUUUACUGCAGCAGCCAACAGUAUAUGUUGAAGGAAUUUCUGACACAGAACGUCGGGACCAAAUUACAGAUAUCGUCUCAAAUCGAUGACAAAAUUAACAUCAACAAUGCUACUGCCUUGCGUGAUUGUUCGUGUCUUUACAAGUCACAAGAAAGCAUUUGGCAGAAUACUGACGAGGACCUUGUUGAUACGGAGGAGGGAGAAGAUGAGAGUAGAAGCCAGAACGCUAAUUAUGCUCCGACAGCCGUUGACUUUAUUGACGAACCUAUCCCACAUGUUUUGGACAUUUCUUCCUGUGGUUCUACAAAUCUGACUAACAGGGUUGAUUUUAACUUUCCUAACUCAUCGGGUGACUCUGAAAUGUGCAAGGGUAGAAGCCCGGACUCAAUCGAAAUAACCGUACCAGCUUCUCAGCUCCCAAAACUUGCUUCGUGCUUUGUCACAAGCAAUUUGGACUAUACCCCUACAUCCACUUUGGACUCACCGUUUAAGAUAUUUCAAGAUUCACCAAAAGAAGAUUCACCAAAGAAGAAUACACCUAAUCAGAACAGAUUCGACUACGAGUCUUGUGAUGGUUCUAAACUCGACUUCGACGAAGUUUGUGAGUUGCCAUUUAGUGAAAGUAACGCCGAGGUGUGUAGUGAUCAGAAUUCAUACUCAUCCGGCAUUACUGUGAGUAGUGAUGAUGAAAAUACUUACGACAAUUCACUCAGGCCAGACCGUUACUAUAACAACAGAUAUUCACCUUCUGUCGAUAUGCUCCAGAGAAAGUAUAAUUUCGGUGAAACCGAUAGUACUACUCCCACCCCUGAUCUUUCAAAUAAUGUGCAGCAAGUUUCUUCUGAACGCCACCUGCAAAAUGAACGUAGUCACAAGCACCAACACGACGACCUCAUUGUAGUAAAUAAAUCGGAAGCUUACAAAGAGGCCUUUGUAUCGAGUCACGAGACUAGUAUUAAGACAUGCGGUAGUAUUACACCAGAAACACAACACCAAUCUCAAUUGUACAACAUUUUAAAACCCACGCAGCAUCCGGGUCUCAACCACUUAUCUUUAUUUCGCCCUCGAAUCUCUCCUCCUCAGAGCGCCAAUGUCGUUAACUGUGCUGCUACGCAGCCUUCGCUCCCUCAGUCUUUUGUUCGUAGUGACAAAGUCUCGGGUUGCAGUUUAACAGACGACGUCAAAAGAAACAGAAAGCCAGUGCUUAAAAACCUGAAUUUUUUGGAUGACCGACUAACCUAUCCAGAAAUAAUAGACUCUUCAGAAAAAAUAACCGAAGAGUAUUUAGGCAGACCAGAAAACAUCGGUAAUAUAUUUGUAAAAAUUCCUCAGCUUAUAACAAAUACAAACAAAGAAACAUCUACAUCCAGUUGCACAAAAGCAAACACAACUAUGAGCGCAUAUGCACUCACAACCACAGAUCUAGAUACAAACACAAUCAUAAAUAAAAACAUUGACCUGUCCACAGUUAAAACCGGCAAAAGUGAAGCACAAUGUUGUCUGCCUAGAUUUUCUACUACAGAAAAAAUACAGAGAUUUCCGAAUCAAGUCGACAACUCCUCUCUGAACUCAGACCCAAGGGACUUUCGAACUAGCCCCAACAGGGACACUGUUACUGUUACAAGAGAUACUGUUAUUACAGGGGAAAAUCGUAGCAUUAACAAGCUCCCCGAAGAGAAAACCUGUCACAGCGGGAGCCGAAUCGUGAAGGUUGUUCAGGGAGACGUCUCUGGAGCUCACCGAGACAUUGACGAGACUCAUGCAAGUGAAAAGUGUAUUAAUGAUAAUGAAAUAUCAAGUUCACUAAAUAUCGAUGAGACGUAUAAUAUGGAGGAUGUAUAUAAUGAUACCACUUCAUUAUAUGGAUCACAGGAUGGUAAAGAUAUCAAAUAUGAACCUAUUCGUCAUAACCAAUAUACCGAUAACACACAUAACUGGGAAGAUGCAUGUAGAGUUAUCAACCCCUUGUAUGAAACAUGGGAUAGUAAAGAUAUCGAAAGCGAAAAACAUACAAACCUUGGCUGCAACAAUAAAAGUAGUCCCUCAAAAGAUAGACAUAAACCUAAAACCCAAAUCGAGAAAGACAGAAGCGAAGAAAAGGAAGAAGAAUCAGUUAAAAGCAGCAGCAGCAACAACAACAGCAACAAUAAUAAUAAUAAUAAUAAUGAUGAUGAUGAAGAUGGUGAUGUUGAUGAAUGUAAUAAUGUAGUAGAAACCGAAGAAAAGUGUGACCGCGUUGAUACUUUGUCUUUCAACGCAGAAUCUGGUGGCGGUGUUAAUCAUUCGGGUGUGUGUAGUCUGAAGAUGGAUAACAGAAACCACUUCAGAAACAGCGACAAUGAUUCAUUAGCUGCGACCGUUGGUGAAAAGAAUUAUUCUGAUGCUAUCGUCCCGUCUUACUAUACUGCAGCGGCUGUAGUAAGUGCGAGAACGGACGAUUCUCAGAUGUACGGUUCACAGAGAGAGGGGGGCGGGUACAGCAAGAGUAAUAGUGGUAGCCACAUCUUCGCAGACUUUGAUUGCAUGAAUUCAGCCUCGCAAAACGAGACCUUUCAUUUUAAAACUCAGACAGAGGAAAACCAAAUAGAAGAAGAAGAAGAAGAAGAAGAAGAAGAAGAAGAAGAAGAAGAAGAAGAAGAAGAAGAAGAAGAAGAAGGAGGAGGAGGAGGAGGAGGAGAACCUACAAAACCCCAUACAAGCAACAAUGUUUUAGCAGAAACAGGACCGAAGCAUCAACCCAUCAGCGAGCCAUCUUAUUGCAAUAGUCUUACUAGUGAAAAAGCAAACUUCCUUCAUGAAAGCAAUUCACAGAUGGAUUUAUUUAACGACUGCAGUGACGUUUUGCCAGAUAAUAGCCCCACCAAAAAAGGUGAGGCAAGAAAUGAUCGAUUUUAUCCUAAUAUCCUGGAUGCCGAGGAGAACCAAAUAAGUGAAACAGUAGAAGAGCAAAUAGAAAGCAAUAACAUUAGUUUAGCAAAACCAGCACCUAUUUGUCAGCCCGUUAAUAUUCUUCCCGAAGGCGAAAAUACCAUCAUAAGUAGCUCACAGACGAAUACUCUAAAGCGUAGCAGAAAAGAUAUUGUCGAAACGUGCUCGAAUGAUUUUCGCAAUUUCUGCAAUAAUGCAUGUGUUCUCGACAUCGAAGAAGUGGAGGAUAAAAUAACAGGUCAAUCCUCAAAGAAUAUGAACUCUGAUUAUAAAAACUUGGACGUAAGUCGAAAUCUGACGGGUGCAUGUUACAGUAAUUCGGAUGUGGGUGAGAAUCGGUCAAAUGCAAAUUACGGAAACUCAGGAAAAAGCGAUAACAAACAAGAAGUGUCAUACAAAAGUAACAGUGGUUUAAUUGAAACAGAACCAACAUGCCAACCCAUUGAAGUUCUAUCUUAUUGCGAUGAUGCAGCCAACAAGAAGAUAAGCCUUCCUUAUACAUGUAGUUCACAGAAGAAUAUCUUCAACGGCUGCAAUGACAUCUCAAACUAUAGUAAAAACAGUAAAGAUGUAAUCAGAACUGAUCGAUUUUAUCCCCAAAUCCAGGUUGACGAGGAGAACCGAAAAAGCGAUAAAAAAGAGAAGUACGUGGAAAGCAAUAACAAUUGUUCAGCAAAACUAGGGUUGAGGUGUCAACCCAUUGUUAUUCCACCUAAUGACAGAGAUGCCGUCAUAUAUAGCUCACCGACAAAUGUCCUUAACUACAACAGAAAUGAUAUUGUUGAAGUGUGUUCGAAUAAUGUUCGUAAUAAUGUUCCUCUUGACAACAAUGCAGAAGAAGGGGAUAACGAAACAAGCCAAUCUACAAACAUGAUGAACACAAAUUAUAGAAAUUUAAACGUUAAUCGAAAUGCAACUGACGAAGAUUACAGUAACCCUGAUGGAAUGCAGACGAAUUCCAGUAGCGGAAAUUCAGAUGAAAGUGACGAUCCAAUGAACGCCAAUCGCAGUAAGACAGAUGUAAAGGGAAAAUGGACAAACACGAAUUACGGAAACUCGAAUGUUCGUGGAAACUUGUUGAACUCGAAUUAUGUAAAUUUGCAUAUAACUAAUAAUAGUUUGAAUGAAAAUUGCAGAAAUCAGACGUACACGAAUCACAAAAAGGAGAAGGUAGAGGAAGAGAGGGAAACAGAAGAAGAUGAAUCUAUGAAACUUGACAACAGCAAGAGUGGUUUAGCUGAAACAGACCCUAGAUGCCAGCCCACUGAAGUUCCAUUUCUGUGCUAUCCUGCAGCCAGCGAGAAAGAAAAUGUUUAUCACAGAAGCUGUUCCAAGAUGAAAAAUUUUAACGGUUGUUGUGAUGCUGAAUUAGACUAUGAACACACCAAUAAAGAUGUACUCAGAAAUGAUGAAUUUUAUCUUAAAAUCCAAGUAGAUGAGAACUGGAGAAAUGAAAAGAAAGCAGGGUAUGUAGAAAGCAAUAACUGCUAUUUAGAAAAAUCAAAGUCUAUUAGUCAAUCCGUUGUUAAUUCACCUAAAAGCAGAGAUGUCCUAGAACACAGUAGAAAUGACGUUGUUAAAACAUGCUCGAAUAACGCUAACAAUUUUUACAAUGAUACGCCUGUCUUCACCAAUUCAGAAGAGGAUAAGGAAAGAGCUGAAUCCUUGAUGAGUAUCAACGCAAAUGACAGAAAUCCUGACGUAACUGGCAGUCCGAUGAGAGUCAACGACGGAGGUUUGGACGUAGGUGGAGAACGAAUGGCCACGGAUUACGGAAACUUGGAUGUAAGCGGCAAUCAACAAAAGGCAAAUAACGGAGACUCAGACUUGAACGGAACUGGAAUGAAAACAAAUUACAAUAAACCUGAAGAAGAAGAAGAAGAAGAAGAAGAAGAAGAAGAAGAAGAAGAAGAAGAAGAAGAAGAAGAAGAAGAAGAAGAAGAAGAAGAAGACGACCGACAACAUCACCAAGAAUCUUUGGAAGUCGACGAUAGAAACAAAAGUUUGGUUGAAAUGGAAUGUCAUCCUAAUGUCGUUCUAUUGACGUGCAGUGAUGCAACCAGUGAAAGAACAAGCUUUUCUCACACAACUAGUUCACAGAUGGUUAUCUUUAACGACGGCACUAACGCUGUCUCAGAUUAUGGUCUCCUCCACGAAGAUGUGACAAGAAAUGAUCGAUUUCACCCUACAAUCCUGGCUGGUGAGGAGGAUCGAAGAAGCAAAAAUGCAGGGGAGUGUGUGGAAGUCGAUAACGGCAACACACGUUUAGAACAAUCAGACUCGUGUAAAGGUGUCAUAUGUAGAUCACAGACGAAAAUCCUUGACCAGAACAGAAAUGAUAUUGUCGAAGCGUGUUCAGGUGAUGUUCACAAUUUCUGCAAUGACGUCGAUAUCCUCAAAAAUGUAGAAGAGAUUAAAGAAAAAGACCAAUCCCCAAAGCAUACGAACUUAGAUUAUGAAAAUCCACACGCAAGUCAAAAUCCGACGAAGGAAAAUCCCAACAACCCAAAUGUAUGUGGAAAUCGAACGAAUGCUAAUUACGGAACAUCAGAUAUAAAUGAAAAUUUGACAAACAAAAACUGUGGAAAGUCAGGCAUCACUAAAAUUCCAACAACAGAAAAAAAAUGUGGGAAAUCGAAAGAAAGUUUAACUCAUUGUAACGCAAGUUACAAUGAGUUAAACGUAAGUUCAAAUCAGAUGAACACAAGUUAUAGAAUCUCAGAAGUAAAUGGAAAGCUAACGAAUGAAAAGCUCAGCAUUACAGAAGACGACAAUGAUGACGAAAAAGAAAAAUCUAAUAAAAUUCACAAAAGUACGAAAAAUUUAGUUGAAACGGAACCGAAGUGUCAUCAUGCUGAAGUUUCGUUAAUGUGCAAUGAAUGCAACGGGAAUGCAAACUUUUCUCACACAAGCAGUUCACAGACAAAUAUUGUUAAUGGCUGUAGUUACACCGAUGAAAAUGUUAUCAGAAAUGACGAGGAGAACCAAAGAAGACAGAAGGUCGAAGAGCAUGAGAAAAACAAUAAGAGUAACAGAAGAAAGCCAGAGUCGAAAUGUCAGUCCGUUGUGAGUCCAUCCAGACACAGAGAUGUUAGCAUACACGGAUUACAGACGAAUAUAUUGGACCGUAGCAGAAAUGGUAUUGUCCAAACGUUUUCGAAUGCUGUCCUUAAUUUCUGCAAUAAUGUCCAUGCAGUCGGCAAUGUAGAAGAAAAGGAAAACGAAACAGGGCAUUCUUCAGCGAGGAUAAACACAAAAUAUAGAGAUCCAGGUGUAUGUCGAAAUCCGACGAACGCAGAUUAUUCAGACGUGUGUGAAAAUUGGAAUAACACAAAUUAUGAAAACUCUUACAUACGUGGAAACUCGGAAAAUUUAAAACACAAAACAUCAGAAGCAAAUGGGAGUCAGACAAAAGCAAACCACAAAAACUCAGAAAAAGGAGAUAAGAAACGAGAAGGAAAACUAGUAACGAAAAUCCUGAAAGGCAAUAAUGGUUUAGCUGAAAUAGAAACAAAACCUCACACCAUUGAAGGUCAUUACGGAAAUAAUGCAGCCAGCGACAGAGCCAACAUCUCUUACAGAAGCAAUUCACAGAUGGAUAGAUUUAAUGGUGACACCAAUAAUGAUGUCACUAAUGAUCGAUUUUAUCCCCAAACUCAGGAAGACAAGGAAGACCGAAUAAGCCAAAAAGAAGGAGGACAUACGGAAACUGGUAAUUGCAGCAGCUCUUUAUCAAAACUUGGUUCUAUAUGUCAGUCUGUUGGUAAUCCAGUUAUUUGCAGUGAUGCCAUAAGUAGCUUGCAGACGAAUAUCCUAAAUCCGAUCAGUAAUGACAUUGUCGAAAGGGGUUUAAAUAACCUUUACUAUUUUCGCAAUAAUGUCCCUGCUCUCGUCAGUGCACAAGAUGACGAAACAAAUCAGACCUCAAACAAGAUGAAUGCAACAAACGGAAACUUGGAUGUAAGUCGAACCACAACGCAAAUAAGUUGCGAUAACUCAAACGACAUUGGGAAGUGGACGAAUUCCAUCUGCGAGAACUUAGAGGCACAUGAAAAUCGGGUGGACGCCAGUUGUGGAAACUGGAAUGUAAAUCGAAAACGAGCGAGUGAAAAUUGUGAAAAUUUGUACGUAAGUGGAGAUCAACCGGGAAACACAGACGUAAGUGAACAUUCUAGAAAUUUGAAUUACGUUUACUCAGAUAUAAGCGGGGAUAGAGUGAAUUUAUAUCGCGGGAAAUUAGAAAACGGAGAUAUAGAAGGAGAAGAAAUGUCAAUGAACAUCCACAAAAACAACAACGAUUUAGGUGAAACGGAACCGGAGCGCCAUCCAAGAGAGGUUCCAUUUCCAUGCAAUAUUACAGUAAACGCGAAAGCAAACUUGUCUGAGGUAAACAGUUCAAAGGUGGAUAGCUUCAACGGUUGCAGCGACGUUGUCUCAGAUACUGGCCACGUCAUUAAAGAUGCAACUAGGGAUGAUCGAUUUUAUCUGAAAACCAUGCCAGGCGAUGAAGAUCAAAGGGAAAAGGAAGUGGAAGUAGAAUACGUGGAAACGUUUAAUAGCAACAGUUCUUUAGCAAAACCAGAGUUAAGAUGUCAAUCCGUUGAUAAUUCAACUACAGAUUCGCAUACCACAGUACAUGAGUCACAGGAGGCUAUCUUAAGCGACAACAACAACAGCAGCAAAGAUGUCGUUGGACGUUCGAAUGGCAGUCGAAAUUCUGGCAGUACUGUCCCUUUUUUUAACAAUGCAGAAGAUAACUCACCAAAACAGUUCUCAAACGGAACUAACCCAAAUUACGGAAACUCUGAUGUAAUUGGAAAUUCAACAAAUGGAAAUUACGGAAAUUCGGAAUAUGAAGAAGAUAAGGAUCAAGAAAUAUCAAAGAAAAUCGACAACGGCAACAGUUAUUUAGGUGAAGCGCAACUUACGCAUAAUUCCACGAAGGUCCCAUUUCUGUGCAAUGCUGCAGCAAGCAAGAAGACAGACUUUCCUUACACGAGCCGUUCACUGAUUCAUGACUCUCACGGCUGCAGCGAUGUUGUCUCAAAUUAUAACCACAUUGAGGAAGAUGUGGCCAGAGAUGAUCGCUUUUCUCCUAAAACCCAGGCAAACGAGGAGGCUCGAGGAGGUCAAAAGGAAGAAGAGUGUGUGAAAUCCGACAACAGCAGCAACAGCUCUUUACCUACAAUAAGUCCUGUUUGUCGGCCCGUGGCUAAUCCACCUGUAUGCAGUGAUGCCGUAAAUUGCUCACAGAGCAGGAAUGAUACUGUCAAAAAGUGUUCGAACGACGUUCGUAAUUGCUGCAGUAAGACUCUCUCUGCUCUCGACAAUGCUAACGAUGGUGGCUUAACAGGAGAAAUAUCAAACAGAACGAAUACAAAUUGCAAAACCAUGGAUGUGGACGGAAAUCGGACGAAUGCAAAUAACCUCGCUCAAGGUUUAAGUGGAAACUCGACAAAUGCAAGUUACGGAAUCUCAGACUUAAAUAGAAAUCACGCGAACAUACCGCUGUUUCAGAUUGAAAAUCCCAAUUGUUCCGAUGAUCAGCGUGUCCCUGCGGCCAAUGACAAGAUAGCGUCUUCCCCGAUGAUCCUCUCAAUCGAUCAGCAAGAAUCGUUCUAUUCUGAUCUCCCAUCAAAGAGACAUUUCAACUACAAAGGAAACUUUACAUGGAAGAAACCUUUAGAAGACUGUUCUGUGACUCUGAGCACCAAUUCAGCAGAAACAGCAGCAAUUGUUGAUACUCCAACAAUGAAUAUUAGAAAGAUUUUACGCAUUGGGCUUUCAAAGAGACAGAAAAUACCUGCACUCCAUCCAUAUAUUAAGAGAAGAAGAAUCGAUGAUGAGUGAUGUAUAAAGAGUUCUGUUAUUUGUACUUUAUACUUUAACCUUUUAGCGCUUAUGUUCAAAAUGACCAGAUCUGGUCUCUCACACCUAUCCCACCAUGUCAUUCUAAAAAUAAGCAAUCACAUCAUCAAAAUCUUGAAGCUUCAAGCUAAUGCGUGGUUCAUUUAAAGUAAUAUAAAUAAAUAAGCAUUACAUUCGACAGAGUUACCUGAAUGCUAAAGUAUCCUGUAGUUUAUAAAUGUGUGUGUGUGUCUGUGUGCGUGUGUGUGAGUGUGCGCACGUGUGUGUGUGAGCGUGCGCACGUGUGUGUUUGCGAGUGUGUAUGUACAUGAGCGUAAGUGUAUAUGAGUUUGUGAAAGUGUGAGUGUGUCUGUAUGUACAUGAGUGUGUGACUGUCUGUGUGUGUAAGUGUGUGUGAGUGUGUGCGUUUCUGUCUCUUUGUCUUGAUAUUGCAUGAGACUCAUAAACGAGUGUCACUGUCAUACAAAGAGUGUCAUUCAUUUCCAGUAUUCUCCGAGAAUAUGUCUGACCAUAGGAAAAUGCUACCUUGCUUGGAAGGGCAGCUGGUUAUAGAAAAUCUGUCUCAGAGUUUGUCCAAUCAAUGCAAGCAUGGAAAAGUGGGCACUAAAAGAUGAUGAUGAUGAUGAUGAUGGUUGCUGUUGCAGUUGUUGUUGUUGUUGUUGUUGUUGUUUUUGUUUUUGUUGUUGUUGUUGUUGUGAUGGGGGUGAUGGUGGUGGUUGCCUGACCCAAAGUUAGCCUUACUGAAUGAGACAUUCCAUCAAAGACAUUCCUACCUUGACCACCUUGCCAUUUUGUGUAGCCAAGACUACAUUAUUCAAGGCGUCCCUCCAUUCUUUUGAGACAAGAUGAUGUGAUUUCACUGCCAAUUGUAGCAAGUCAAGCCACCGCUUAGAGGUUCCCUUCAAACCAAAAUACUCCAGAUCUGUUAAUGUUAAAUUAAAAUUUUGUUGUUGUUGUUGCUGUUGUUGUUUAAUCUUGUCUUUUAUUCAGGCAUAAAGUCUCUAAGACUACAUUAUCCAAUGUGUCGUUUCUUCUUCUUUUAAGAUAUAAGAGCUGUGUGUUAUGAUCUUGAGCAAGACACUCUAUUUUCACCUUGCUCCAGUUCACUCAGCUGUAAAAAUGAAUUGCAACAUCACUGGUUUCCAGCUGUACCGGCCUUUGCCUUUCCCUUGGACAACAUCAGUAAUGUGGAGAGGGGAGGGUGGUAUGCAUGGGUGAUUGCUGGCCUUCCACAAAACAACCUUGCCCAGACUUGUGCCUUGAAUGGGAACAUUCCAGGUGCAAUCCCAUGGUCAUUCAUGAGUGAAGUGGGGUCUUUACACCAGAGAGCAAUGUGAUUAAGUUAUAGUCACUAUUUCCUACAAGUUGUGUGGCCACAUAAAAAGCUGUUUUGUUGGUUUCUGAUGCUGCCAUUCAAGUGGAGGUGUAUGACCUCUAGUGGAGGUGUAUGACCUCUAGUGGAGGUGCAUGGCUUAGUGAUUAGGGUGUUGGACUCAUGAUUGUAAGAUUGUGGUUUUGAUUCCUAGACCAGGCGACACAUUGUGCUCUUGAGCAAAACACUUCAUUUCAUGUUACUCCAGUUCACUUAGUUGGCAAAAAUGAGUUAUCCUGUGAUGGACUGGUGUCCUGUCCAAGUGGGGAAUUUAUACACCCUGAAAACUAGGAAACUGGCCCUUAUGAGUUGGCAUGACUCAAGAAGGUAACCUUCGCUUAACUUUACUUAUCUCCAAAUUGUGUAUCUAAGUCUAUAUUACCUAAGUUCCAAUUCGGACCUAUAAUGAAAUAGGGGUUCCAGCCAUAGACAUCCCAUUUUAUUUAGACAGCAUAUCUAAGAAUGCUCACUGAAUACACGUAGGGGUUCAUUCCAAAGUUGGGCAAUAUGGUUUCUUCUGGUCAGUGUUGUAACACCAUGAGGGUUCUUCUGGGUGGGUCAUUGGUCCUCCACAGAACAGUCAGAUGAUAGGGCAGCUGUCCUGACGAUGUGCUGUGGGUCACCGUUAGUCUGGAACCUCCCCAGAACACCAAGAACACCAGUCUACCCAGGGUGGCCCUGCCAGGAGCAAAACUCCAGAUGGUAGUGCUCUCUUGGAUCUAUGGAACAUGCAAACUCCCUCACUAUGACAAGAGCAGACCCAGGCGGGGGAUGCAGAGAGGCUGGUACAAAAUUGCCAACGAUGGAGAGCACUGGUGGACUUUGUCAGCUGUACACAUGAUGAUGUCUUUGGGACCACUAUGACCCCAGCCCCAUCAAACAAGAGCAUCAAGCAAGCGUCUAAAAAUCCAUUAUUCAACGUGUCAUUCCUUGUUGGCAUCAACUUUGAUAAAACAAUUCUAUGAUCAAAUAGGUGUUCCAUACAUGACCAACCCAUUUUUUAUUCAGACAUAGCUGUCUUCCUUUUUUUUUCUUAAACAGUAAGAUGCUAUUUGAGGGCAGCUUGGCUGUUGUUUCUUUUACAGCAGACUGAGUGAUUAAAUUAAACUUCAUGUACUAGUGUUAGGAGUGUUGUGUUGUGGUUGUGUUAUAUCUAACACAUACACACACACACACACACACAUUCACACACUCAUGCAUGCACAUGCACACACACACACAUGCACACAUACACACAUGCACACACAACAUACACAUACACACUCAUGCACACAUACAUCCCCCCCCCACACAGAAGUUAAGUCCUGAAAUGAGAAGUUAAACCAGUCCUCUUCCUUCCAGUCAAUUCAUCAUGUUGAACAUUUUUUUCUCUCUCCAUUUUUUACACUCUCUCCCUAUUUUUUCCCUUCUCAAUCUUUCUUGUGGAAGAGCAUAGGCACAAAACAUCAAAGACAUUUUCAUUCUUCCUGAUUGUCAAACUAAUACACCUGAUUGCUGUUCCCUCACCUGUCUUUGUCUUUUGUUUUCUAUAAAUUUGAACCACACACACAUACACACACACACACACUCUCUCUCUUUCACUCUCAUCCUCCCUCCCUCCCUCCCUCCCUUUUUCAUCUCCCUUCCUAUCUCUCUCACUCUUUCUCUUCUCUCUCCCCUCUCUCUCUGCUACAUAAAAAGCAUCCAAUCCACACUGUGAAGUGGUUGGCAUUUGGAAGGGCAUGCAGUUGAAAAUCCAUGUCAAAAAUACCUCGCCUGUGCUGGUGCCAUGUAAAAAGCACUCAGUCCACUCUGUGGGGUGGUUGGUGUUAGGAAGGGCAUCAUGCCAUAAAAACCAUUCCAAACAGACACAGUAGCCUAGUAUAGUCUUCUACCUGGUUGGCUCCUGUCAAACCAUUCAACCCAUGCCAGCAUGGAAGACAGACAUUAAAUGAUGAUAUAUAUAUACACAUAGAUAGAUAUAUCUUUUUAGGAAGUUGAUUGUUAAGGCUGGUCAGAGAGCAACCAUUGGUUUCACACCUAUAAAGUACUUGGCUGUAUAGGUAACUCAUCAGACUCAAAUGGCUAAGCCACAUAGUCUUUGUACAACUGAAGGAAGGAAGACAUCAUGGUCAAUUAGUUUUGUAAACAAAAAAUAUGCAUCUGAAAAGGCCAUGCAGGAGGUGUUUUCAGGCAGGACAGGGUUAUUAACUCUUGCAUCAGUUGUUGUUGUGGUUCAUUUUGGUGAAUUCCACACUUGUAACAGAAAAUGUCUGAGAUGAGAACAUUGACUAAAUACCUCUUUCCUGGAGUUUAAAAAGGCUCCAGGUUGAGUAAGUUUUUUGUAGGAUUCUUGCUCUCUCUUCCAAGCAAAGCUUACAUUAUUUGCUCCCAUUCAUAUACGUCCCCAGUUCAAGGAACUUCAAUUUAAUUAUGUAUGGGGUGACCUCUUUUAAGCACCAUAUGUGGCUGACCAGGGGCAUGAUGUUGCACCUAUAUUACUGCUCUGAUGUUUUAGAGUGCUUCUUUUAUGGAUAUAUGAACUACUGAUGAUAGAUAAGACACAUAGCAUACAUACAUACAUACAUACAUACAUGCAUGCAUACAUACAUGCAUGCAUGCACACACACAUACACGUGCGUGCACACACACACACACACACACUGAAAAUGGCAAAAGAUUAAAGGACAAUAUUUUUUGUUUCAUAUUUAAAAAAAAAUUUUAUUCAUUUCAGUUUUAAUAUAAAUAAAAAGAAAAAAAAUCAUUUUUUCUUGUUAUUGUUAUUGUUGUUGUUGGCUCUUGUGUGUUAUUAAAAUGAAAAUAAAAACAAAGUUU